AUGGCCAAGCCGAGUCGUAAAGAUGACAUUGAUGAAACAUUCAGAAAUGUUAAAAGUCAAGGUUGGCAAUUAGCGAUUGUCAUACUGAAUGAUGCAGCACCAGCAGUAUAUAAUUAUGUGAAACAAUUGGGAAAUCAAAAACUUGGUUUAGUAACUCAAUGUGCUAGUUUUCAAGCAAUACAAAGAAAUUCAGAAAAAAUUCAUAUGUGUAUGAGAUUUCAAGCGUCGAAUAAUGAUCGUUUCAUGUUUUUCGGUGCUGAUGUCACUCAUACUACGUCUUCAAAAGAAAAACCAUCGAUUGCAGCCAUUGUUGGAUCUUGUGAUCUGUCAUGUAGCCGUUAUGCAGUUCGUCUUUGUGAACAAUAUUCAAAGAAAAGCCUUUGUUCAAUUAAGAUUAUGAAAGACAUUGAUAAAAUAAUCAUGGAUUUACUUCGAGUAUUUGCUCAUUCGUGCGGUAAUACACUACCGAAUCAAAUCGUUUUUUAUCGUGAUGGAGUCGAUGAUGGACAAUUUCAAAAAGUACUCGAUAAUGAAGUUAAUAAAAUAAAAUCUGUCUGUCGAGUUUCGAUUCCGGCUCCAGUACAUUAUGCUCAUUUAGCUGCGUAUGCUUCCAAGGCAUACGAAUUUGGUCAUAGCGAUGAUGAAAUUCUCGAAAAUGAGGAUGAUGGAAAUACAUUGGAAGCAAAAUCACUUGAAGAUAUACAAACAAACGUUAUGAUACUUAAUGACGAUACACAGGAUACGAUGUGGUUUGUUUAA